GGACGCCUGCCAGCUCCUCCCACCUCAUGGGCUGGCGCAGGUGAGGUCACGGCCACCUGGAUCUUUAUAGGGGUGGCACUUGCGCCCCUGAGUGUGCGAGACCCAGGUCCAGUUAUCAGCUCCGAUCCCAGCCGAAGCUGCGUCUCAGGAUGAGUGCCCCCUGGCUGCUGGGAGCACUGUGGGCCUUGGCCGGGGUGCUGCAGUGUGCUGAGACAACUCCACACUUGCGAAUAGCUGCCUUCAACAUCCAGACUUUCGGGGAGACCAAGAUGUCCAAUGCCACUCUCUCUCACUACAUUGUGCAGGUGGUGAGUCGCUAUGAUCUCGUCCUGGUGCAGGAGGUCAGGGACAGCCACCUGACGGCUGUGGGGAAGCUGCUGGAUCUCCUGAACGAAUUUGAGCCGAACAACUACCACUUUGUGGUGAGCGAGCCGCUGGGGCGCAGCACUUACAAGGAGCGUUACCUCUUCUUGUUCAGGCCGUCAGAAGUGUCUGUGCUGGACAGCUACCAGUAUGACGAUGGCUGCGAGCCCUGUGGGAAUGACACCUUUGCCCGGGAGCCCACUGUGGUCAAGGUCUCUGUGCCCAGCUCAAAGGCCAGGGAGUUUGCCAUCGUCCCUCUGCACUCGGCUCCGCUGGAUGCAGUGACGGAGAUUGAUGCGCUCUAUGACGUCUACCUGGAUGUCCAGAGGAGGUGGGGCCUAGAGAAUGUCAUCCUGAUGGGUGACUUCAAUGCCGGCUGCAGCUACGUGAGCCCCUCCCAGUGGGGGAGCAUCCGCCUGCGCACCAGCCCCAUGUUCCAGUGGCUGAUCCCUGACUCGGCGGACACCACGGUCAAGUCCACGCAUUGUCCCUAUGACAGGAUUGUGGUUGCUGGAGAAGAACUCCAGGACGCUGUUGUUCCCAGCUCGGCCCAGCCCUUUGACUUCCAAGCUGCAUACGGCCUGAGUGAUCAGUUGGCCCAAGCCAUCAGUGACCACUAUCCCGUCGAGAUACAGCUGCUGCGGCCAAACUGAUGGGAGUGUGGACCCCAGGCCUUAUCCCUCCCAUCCCAGCACACAGGACAUUUAGAUUGAAAAAUCACUUUUAAUGGAGGUAAAUAAACUCAAGGUGGAGGGCUCAACACUA